AUGAAUACACCUGAAGGCAUGUUCAGACAGACUCAAGCCGCCUCUGGCUUCCAAGCGAAUGGCGUCCCAAUCCCGUGGGCAGAGAUCUUUUCUCGGCACGAAGCCAUACUUGCCUCGCAUCUCGAGAUGCUCGAUUCUGUGAAGAGCCAAAUAGCACCGGACGGUGAAGCGUUUCGGACAGUAUCCUCCAUGGUGACCAAGACGAUGCAAGCGAUAAAUCAGUCCAAAGUGGCUCGCAAGCAAAUGCUCAACCGGAACGCGUCUGGAAAUCCAUUCAAUACUCCCCACUCCUCAUCCUCUGCAUCUAAGAUAAACGAACGGCCUACCGCUACCCCACAAUCGACGGAGACGGAGACUAGUUGUCGGAAGAAGAGAUCGAGGAUUGAGAAAGCGGGCAUAGACAUGCAAAAUCAACUCCCGACUCCAGAAGAAGACCUCCGAGCUUCUAAACGUCGGCGCGAUCUCAUCGAGGAAGAUGCAGGAAAUGCGCACUAUGCCUCAUCCGGUUCACAGGAGACAGAAGACAUAUCUGCGGAAGUUCAGAGACGUCUCCGGAUCAAAGAAGAGAAGCGGCGAAUGCGACUGAAAACCAAGCCAGAAAAGCGCAAGCGCGAGAGCCUCGUAUCGAAUGACGGCGCUUCGCCCGCAGAAGCGAAUCACAGGAAGAAGCGCGCCCGGCGGACUGGCAGCGAUCUGAAGAGGAAUGGAGAACCGAUGGUUGACAAAGAAGCAGACGGGAAGACAAAACGAUUCAAGAGAGCCCAUAAUGGGGGCUAA